AUGAAUACAAAACAGGAUAUUGGUAAACUGGUUUUUCGCUUUAAAAAUAAAAUAAUCAAAGACGAGGUACUUUUAAAAGUUAAAAAUCGUUAUAAGAAUAAGAACCCCUUAAAAGCUGUUGAAAUACACAGCUCAUUUCCUGACAAAUUGGUUUUCAUAAAUCAUGAAUUAACCACAACUAAUCAAAAGUUAUUUUGGGUUUCCAAACUGCUGGCUAAAGAGUAUUCGCAUAAAUAUGCGUGGUUUACUUCGGAAGGUGUAUUUAUGAUGAAAUCAGACGGAGAUAAGCUUUUCAAAGUCGUUUCACAACUGCAUGGAUAUCAAUAG